UCGCCGAAAACGUCGUGUUGGCCGCUCUCUGGUUCCUCUCUGGUAAUAUCUAUAGCAGUUUGUAACCCCUGGCUGCGAAGUGAAGUCUUUAUUUGGGUUAAAUCAAUGCUUUUAUUGCGUGUCAUUUUUAUUGUAAAUACAAUGAGUAAUAAAGAUAGAAUUGUACUUUAAUGCUGAUAUAUAGCACGCUCUCCGAAUGCAACUGAAACGUUGCAGUGAAUGGUUUCCAGUAUAAAAUGUAGCUACCUGUUUUUUCUCGUAUAUAUUAAUUUAUUGAAUCACAAUGGAGAUGAAUAACGAGGAGGAAGAUGAAGAUGUUAUAAUAAAAGGUAGUGCCCUUCAUAAACAUUUAUCAAAAUUUGGUUACACAGACUUUGAAAGUAUGUCCAUACCCAAGAGAACAUAUUUUGAAGAGGACCAUUCUUUAAAUAUCAAUGUUAAAAGUAUUUUUAAAAAGGUUUACAUGAAGCUGUUUUCUUUUUAUUCUUGGAUAACACAGGAAAAAUACAUCUCUAGUAAUCAAUUAAGCAUUAUUUUUAAUGCAGAAGUUCUAUUAGAUGAUCAUUCUUCCAUGAUUAAUAAUAUGCUAAUUAAGUGCAGUAAUAAUUCUAAAAAAAUAAUACUUCAAAACUUAAUUGUAAAUGGAGUUGUAUUGAUCUCUUCAGCAUAUAUUUCACAACAUAAACAUAAGGUAUUACCAACAUUAUGUGCAUCAUCUAUAAUCUGUUGUGCUGGUCGCAUACAAUAUCUACGUUUUUAUGCCAAUAAAGAUUUAAAAAAUCUUAUAUCAUUACAAAAUGAUCUCUUUACCAUGUGUAAAAAAGGCCUUAAGAUCUUACGACAUAUGUUUAAGAUGAAAUUGGAUUUUAAAACAUAUGUUCAUCAAUUUUUUCAUUUUUUAGGAGAAAAAUUACAGUAUUUACAGCCUUUAACAGAAACUUUACUGAAUUUUAUGGAAAACAUUUCAUUUAUAUAUCAUGAAUGUUCUUCAUUGAUUGAGAAAUUAAUGCCAUUAGACAUACUUAACAAAGAAUUAUUUACAAAAUUUGAAUAUGAUAUGUUUUGGACAUUUGGUGAAAUUAACCAUCAAAUAUUAAAGAAAUCAUAUCAUACUUAUAUUUUAGUACAAUCGGAAAUGUUACAUUUAUUAGCUAUUGCAUAUGACAGAAGUACUUGGAUAAACUCUUGCCAAACAAUUCCUGAAACAGAAAUGGCUCAUAUAAUUCACAUUUUAACUGGACAAUUGGUAGUAUAUAAAAUUAAAUUGUCGAAAAUUCUUAAUGAUUAUGACACUUGUAAAGCAGAACCUGUUCGAUAUAAAAUACGCGGCAUGAGUAAAUGGCAUAAUCCGUCUGUUCAAUUGGACUUGGCGUCUCAUAAACUACAAUUGGUCUAUAAUGAAAUGUUUUCAAUAUUUAAAAACAUUGACGACUGCAUCAAUCAAGAGAAUGAUAUCAAUAGUGAAACAGCUGAGUUAUUGAUGCAAAAAUUGGACAAAGCAUCAAAAGAAUUUAUCAUAACUAAAACUUUAGCAGAAUUUAUCAUUUUAUUGAUAGCAAGAUCAGGAUUUAAUAAUCUGAAGGGCAAUCAAUCUGUAAUCAAUAAUGUUAAGAUAAAUGAGAAUUCUACUUUACCUAUAAUUUCCAAUUCAGAUCCAGAGAUUCUCGAUGAAGUAUUUGAAGAAUAUAUUAAGGAAGAAUAUUUAAGGCCUUUGCAUGAAGAAGAUGAUGAAUAUUCAUUAGAACAAUAUACAUUAAAUAAUUUCUUGAUGAAAAACUUUAUGAGCGAAUUGAAAGAGGCUUUAGUGGAUAAAAGAAAAUCUAUGUCCGAACGAGAAACCAGAGCAUUACAACGCAUAUAUAAAAAUGUAUCGGAAAAUACUACGCUGAAUAAUGAAAAUAAUAUAAAUAAAGAUGACCAAUUUAUACCAGUUGCGCCAUCAAUGCCUGCUUAUAGUCUAUGGUCAACAUCAUCAAGCAAUAUUACACUUAAUGCACAUCAUAAGGAAAUAGCUUCUUCUAAUUGUAAGAUUAUAAGCAAUAGCUUACCUAUUCAAAAAGAAAUUACAAAUAAAUUAAAUAAAGAAUGUAAUCCUGUGAAGACAUUAAGAUGCAACAGCAUUUCCAAUAAAUCAUCUACUGGAAGUUACGAAGAAAAAGAUGAAUCUCUUUCAUAUUUGCCACAGAUUCUUCUUGAAACUCAGGCUGCGCAAUAUGUCGUGAAACUACCAUCUGCCUUUGUGCAAGAGGAAACAUUUAUAGGAAGUGGUGAAAAUUCUGAAGACGAAAUUGUUAAUAAUACAAGUGAUGAUGAAAAUAAUACAAAUGAUAAUGAAAAUAAUACAAAUUCUCAAUAAUAAAAAUAUAAAUUG